CUCUGAUGUGGUUCUUUGGGGCCCUUCCCUGGGACUAUGCUGGCUUGAGGGUGGAACUGGGAGGGUCACCUUGCUGGAAUAGGAGGUGUGGCAGCUGUAGGCAGCCUGCCUCCCUACCCCCACCUGCCACACCUUGGCGUGGGGCGGGGCAGGGCCGGCCCCUUCGGCGGGGCGGGCCAGAGCAGGCACCGUCCUACCCUCCUGCCCCCGGACUCCAACCCGGAACUAGGAUUCCUUUGGGAAGGCCGCAGCGUCUGGCAGGGGGUGAGAACCUGGGCCGUGAGGUUCUUGCCACCGGGACCAAGUCACGGGCAGAGGGACAUCCUCGUCGCCCCCAGAGGCCCCUGACCAGGUGUGCCCUUGGAGGGAGGUGGCACGGUCCGUGGAAAGUGUUGGCGCCUGCGGCAGGCUGGACCAUGGCACCCCCGCGGAACGUGGUGAAGAUUGCCGUCCAAAUGCGUGACGCCAUCCCGCAGCUCAUCCAGCUCGACCAGGCAAAGCCCCUGGCCACCGUGCUGAAGGAGGUGUGCGACGCGUGGAGCCUGACGCACUCGGAGCGCUUUGCCCUGCAGUUUGCUGAUGGGCACAGGAGAUACAUCACUGAGAAUAACCGCGCAGAGAUCAAGAAUGGCAGCAUCCUGUGUCUCAGCACUGCCCCAGACCUGGAGGCUGAACAGCUGUUGGGUGGGCUACAGAGUGCCAGUCGUGAGGGGCGCCGGGAAGCCCUAAGGCAGCUCGUCCUACUGGCCUCAGACAUGACCUUUGCCCAGGAGGUCAUCAGCCGUGAUGGGCUUCAAAGACUAGGCACCAUUAUUGAGGAUGGGGACGACUUAGGGGAAGUGCUGGCCCUUGGGCUGCGGGUCUUCUUGGAGCUCAUGGAGCAUGGCAUGGUGUCUUGGGAGACACUCAGCAUCCCCUUUGUCAGAAAGGUAGUGAGCUAUGUGAACAUGAACCUGAUGGAUGCCUCUGUGCAGCCCCUGGCCCUUGGCCUGCUAGAGAGUGUGACCUUGAGCAGCCCUGCCCUGGGACAGCUGGUCAAGAGCGAGGUGCCACUGGAUAGGCUACUGGUGCACCUGCAGGUGAUGAACCAGCAGCUGCAAACCAAGGCCAUGGCACUGUUGACAGCCCUGCUGCAGGGGGCCAGUCCUGCUGACCGUAAGCAAAUGCUUGACUACCUAUGGCAGAGGAACCUUCGCCAGUUCAUCUACAAGAACAUCAUCCACAGUGCGGCGCCACUGGGCGAUGAGAUGGCUCACCACUUAUAUGUGCUGCAGGCCCUUACGCUGGGGCUACUGGAGCCCCGCAUGAGGACACCAAUUGACCCCUACAGCCAGGAGCAACGAGAACAGCUGCAGGCCCUGCGUCAGGCUGCCUUUGAGCCAGAGGGGGACUCCCUGGGCACUGGGCUAAGUGCAGACCGCCGCCGUUCCCUCUGUGCCCGGGAGUUCCGCAAACUGGGCUUCUCUAACAGCAACCCAGCUCAGGACUUGGAGCGCGUGCCCCCUGGCCUGCUGGCCCUGGACAACAUGCUUUACUUCUCCAGACAUGCGCCCAGCGCAUACAGCCGGUUCGUGUUGGAGAACAGCAGCCGGGAAGACAAGCAUGAGUGUCCCUUUGCUCGGAGCAGCAUCCAGCUGACGGUGCUGCUGUGCGAGCUGCUCCGUGUCGGGGAGCCUUGCUCCGAGACGGCCCAGGACUUCUCACCCAUGUUCUUCAGCCAAGACCAGAGCUUCCAUGAGCUCUUCUGUGUGGCCAUCCAGCUGCUGAAUAAAACCUGGAAGGAGAUGCGGGCGACACAGGAAGAUUUUGACAAGGUCAUGCAGGUGGUACGGGAACAACUGGCCCGCACACUGGCCCUGAAGCCCACAUCCCUGGAGCUCUUCCGGACCAAGGUGAAUGCUCUCACCUAUGGGGAGGUACUACGGCUGCGGCAGACAGAGAGGCUACACCAGGAGGGCACACUGGCCCCUCCUAUACUGGAACUGCGGGAGAAACUGAAGCCAGAACUUUUGGACCUGAUCCGCCAGCAGCGUUUGCUCCGCCUCUGCGAGGGAAUGCUCUUCCGCAAGAUCAGUAGCCGGAGGCGCCAGGACAAGUUGUGGUUCUGCUGCCUAUCCCCCAACCACAAGGUGCUGCAGUAUGGCGAUGUGGAAGAAGGAGCCAGCCAGCCCACCCCAGAGAGCCUGCCGGAACAGCUUCCUGUGGCUGACAUCAGGGCAUUACUGACUGGCAAAGACUGUCCCCAUGUUCGGGAGAAGGGCUCUGGGAAGCAGAACAAGGACCUCUGUGAGUUGGCUUUCUCUAUCAGUUAUGAUCAUGGGGAAGAAGAAGCAUACCUCAACUUCAUUGCCCCCUCCAGACGGGAUUAUUACCUGUGGACAGAUGGGCUGAGCGCCUUGUUGGGCAGCCCCAUGAGCAGUGAGCAGACCCGGCUAGACCUGGAACAGCUGCUGACCAUGGAGACGAAGCUGCGGUUGUUGGAGCUGGAGAAUGUGCCCAUCCCUGAGAGGCCACCACCUGUACCUCCACCCCCCACCAACUUCAACUUCUGCUAUGACUGCAGCAUCGCUGAACCUUGACAGUGGGGUUGGCCAAGGGCCACAGCUGCUGUAGCUGCAGCAGCCACAAAGGAGGAUGGAGGAGCACAGGCCCCAUAAUCAGCAGAGGCUGCAGUAGAAAUAAAGUGUGUGUAAAGCCAGCUCUGAAUCGUGUGGACCAAGCCUGUGACAGACAUGGACAGUAAUCCCUUUCUGUCUUCAGAUUUAGCUAGUGAAUGAGAUGAAUCAUCAGGCAAGACCACAAACUUGGGUGGCUGCAUUUUGGGGGACUGAUGCUCUGAGGGGUAGGGACAAGUGGGGACUGUUGCACUUCUUCAAGAUGAGUCCUAAGCCCCCCUCAGUGCUGGACCUGCAAAUGAAUGGCCUGUCAUCUGGGAGCACCAGCCAAGGAAGACUAGAGUGUCAACCAGCCGAGGGAGAAGUAGAAGGGCAGGAAACAAUACCACAAAUGGAUGCCUUUCUGGGUAGCAUUAUCAGGGGCCUAGUCAGGGAGCCAUGCUUCUAGCAGGCUGCAGACCGUCUGACCUCAGUCCUCCGUUAUACCCUACCUCCUGUCCUCUGUAGGACUUGGAGACUGCUGGUAAGAAUCACGAAGGGAGAGAUGUGUAGUGGGGUCUGCUGAAGGGUAAGCUCCCAGUUCCAAAUACUACCAGAUAUUACCAGGCUGAUGGUAGUAUCUGGGCAGAUCUGGGCAAGAAGGAAUUCUGUGCAGGAAGCCCUACAUUCUAUUUAAACCUAACUCAGGAGUGUGGAUGAGGUGGGGGCCACAGACAGGCCAGAGCCCCUGUAGGCUGAAGCAGUGAGAAAUGCUUGGAGGUCAGGUUUGAAGGCAAAGAACACAGAAACCCAGGGGACCCACAGAGAAGACUGAAUACUACCACUACACUGACUUCUUUCUCCAUGCCACUCACUACUUCUCUUUCUCAGUGCCUCCUCAAAUACAGUGUUUAACAGUGUUGCACAUCAAAAUUUGACCUUGAAAACAGAUGAAAUGGUGCCUCCUUUGGAGAAUGUGCUUGGGGAGUAUUUGCUCCUUACCCCUACCUACACUUCUGAGCUUCAGACAUCUACUGCGCA